AAAAGAGAAACUAAAAUUUAAGAUGCUUGAACCUGAUCUAGACAAAAAAAACUGCAGCAUCAUUAUAAACAAUAUCAAAGCAGAAGAUGAAGGAGAAUAUACAUUAAGAGUGGAGGGAACUAUGUCAUACACAUACAGCCGCAGAUUUAAAAUCAUCAUUCAAGAUAAUAAGCCUGUAAUAAACAUUCCUCCUCUCAGAGAAGGACAGGAGGCAAAUCUGAGCUGUUCAGUGCCUUUUCCCUGCCCUGAAACACCUCCUAAAAUCACAUGGUGGAUCAGGAAAAAAAGAGAAACGUUCACUGAGCUAAAGGAAAACAUCACAUUGACAACCUCCAAGAGUUUUAUCAUCUCAAAUUUGACCUUUAUGCCAACUUCUGAUUCACACGAAGCUACUGUCAAAUGUGAAGCAACAUAUAGAGAAAACAAAACCAUCAGGAACAAGAUGACCAUAGAAGUGAUGUGUGAGUUCCCUUUCAGUCGCGGGUGUUCUGAGGAGUUCGAGUUCUCCACUACGGAGACCGGACCACCAGCAACCCCUUCGGAGUCUGCGUCCUCCGCUGAGGAGGCCGGACAACCGUCUCCCUCAGCGGGCUCAGAUAUAAAGGCUCUCAGAAUUCAGGGUUAUAAGACAGUGAACGAGGGCGAUACUCUCAGUCUCAACUGCACUGUUGACAGUAACCCACCAUCAUCAAAUCCUGUAUGGAGUUUUAAUGGAAACACAGAAAAACUCAAGAAUCACAUUUCUGCUGAAUCUCUCACUAUUACCAAUGUCAGCAAGCUGCAUGCAGGAGAAUAUGUCUGUGAGGUGACAUAUAUGAAAGAAACUUUGAACAGAUCUAUCAACAUCAAUGUCAUUCCCUAUACAAAUGAAGUAGAAACACAUGGGACAAACGGCCAAGACAAUGCUGGACAAAACCGGACUGGUAAAGCUAUAGAUCCACAGAAUGUCACUGGAAAUAUCACAGGCCAGAACGACAAAGAAUAUUUUAAGAAUCUGUGGCUGUCAACAGUACUCACGUUUUUGGCGGGAAUCGCAACUUCAACAAUCUUCUUCUCUGUGAUGUUGUGUUGGUGGGUGUCUUGCAACAGAGACACGCCAUAUGAAUUGAUGGACACAAACACAGAAAGUACUGUUAUUUUGGAGGUUUAUCAAGAAGAAAGACCUGAGAAAAAGUAAAACCAGUGUUACUUCACAUACACUCACAGAAAUUAAGGUAUAAAAGCUGUCACUGGGAUACCCUCUCAAAAAGGUGCAGUUUUGUACCCAAAGAGUGCAUAUUAGUACUUCAAAAGUACAUAUUGGGGGUUCAAAGAUACGUAUUGGUACCUAAAAGGCACACAUUUGUACCUAAUGCCGCUUUUCCAUUCCAGGUCGGGUCAGCUCACCUCACUUUUGGCUUGGUUAGCUUUUCCAUCGAGUUUAGUAACACUUGGCAGUGGGAGGGAUUAUAGGCGUGUCGUCAUAUUUGCGCUGCCCACCGCUGUGACAUCAUACAAGUGAGAGCGUUGUUGUACAUUCCCAUACAUUCAUUUAUUUCUCAGUCCACCACAAAAUUAAAAUUGACCACCACAAAUAGAUGUUUGCACAUCGCAUUUAUCACUACCGCUGUCUCACAUGACAGUUUCUGUACAAACACCUGUGGGGUCAGUCGACGCACUCCACCGAGCUUCAUUAAGUUGCAUUUAGGCAUAUAUGCAGAUGUGCAUGUCACGAAUGUGUCGCCACAAACUGCAAGUCUGGAAAAACGUAUGGUGUUCCCGAUUCUGUGGGGUUUUUUAUCGCUAAAAAGAAGUUUGGGAACUUACAACAAAGCACAGAUGACAACAGGUUUGCUCGAGACGUUAAUACUGUUAGUGACGAUUCUCUCAGACCAAUCAGUGAUCUACGAAGUUUUCGCGUCACGCUUUGGUAUCAGCUCGGGUCGCUUGGAACCCCAACCGAGGUGAGGUUUCAGGUAAUACAUACUGCACCCGGUGGAAGAGCCCCCAAAAGUAAACUGACCCGACUCAAACCGUAGGGGUAUAUGCAAUGGAAAAGCGCCAUAAAUGGUAGGAUCUUUUUAAAGGGUACUGCCCCAUUGAUAGCCUUUGUCCAUUUAUUUUGACAGUGUAGGUAUUCUUUAUCUACUUAUUUUAUAUCAAUUAUUAUUUUUAUUAUCAUCAAUGUACAGCACAUUUAAUAAUAAACAAAUACAGUAUUGCUCUGUGUGAGAUAGACUGUGAACAACAAAUAAAAUUACCUGCAGCUCUGAGGUCUCAUUUAUAAAACUGUGCGUAGGAUCCUUAUUAAAAGUCGACGUACGCACAAAAGCCGAAAAUGGCGUACAGCAAAAAAUAUUAAGACUUAUAAAGCAAUGUUCCCUUUAUAAAUCACAGAUCACCUCAAAUUUUUACUAGCUUUUGUAUAAAAGCUUUUGUAAAAUGACUAAAUGUAGAUGUAUAUUUUUUAUUAUUAUUAAGUUAUUAAAGAUAGUUUGGGCUCUGGAUGCUGUUUGGUUAAUAAAUGUAAUUUAUUUUGUAUUAUGAUGUAUUACUGUGCAGCCUACACUCUCAGAAAUAAAGGUACAAAAGUUGUCACUGGGACAGUACCCUGUCAAAAAGGUACCACUUUGUACCCAAGAAAGUGCAUAUUAGUACUUCAAAGGUAGAUAUUGUUAGUUCAAAGAUGCAUUUGUACCUAAAUGGUACAUAUUAGGACCUUUUUUAAAGGUUACUGUCCCAGUGACAGCUUUGUACCUUUAUUUUUGACAGUGUACUUUUUAUUUUAAUGCAUUUUUUUAGUGUUUACAUUUCAGACCCCAUAUCCUCUGUAGCAUUUAAUGUUAAGAAACAUAGGAAUAAGCAUUUGUCCUGAACGUCUUUAAAAUGUGGUAACAGUUAGAAGUUAAGCACCUGAGGCUAUCCCAUUAUGAAUACAAUCUCAUCUAAAGGGGUCACAGGAAGAUUUUUAGUUGCCAACAAUCACAAUGUGGCACAGAUUGUCAUCAAAAACUAAUGUUCCUGUAACUGAACUGGUAGAGAUUUAUGUUUGCAAGGUUAUGUGUUACAUAAAUGUACUGUAAUUAU